GACAAAAAUGCCAGACAUUCUACAGGACACAGAGAGAAGUAACUGAAAGACUCUAGGCCUGUGGGCUGAAGACAGAUGCCACAACUGUACAAAAGAACUUUGGAUGACUGUCCAGGCUGCCAGCUGUCUCUGUCUACUCUUGCAAGACUCACAAAAGUUGCUUGUGUCCUGCUCCCAUUUCUCAGCUUUAGGUACUGGGAUAAACUAAGUCACAGAAGAGAAGAACAAAAACAACAACAAUGAAAAAGCCCCUGAUUUUCCACAAUGGAAUCCUAUGAAAGGAUCAAAAACUUCUAAUCUGCUCUCCAGGAUGUUGAGAUUGCCCAAGAAUUAACCCUGCAAAGGAAAAAUACCACUAUAGCUAAAUUCAAGUGGCUGUUUUGAAAUUCCCUCAGAUUUCUACUGUUCUACACAGACUUGACCACAUCCUUCACAGUACUACAGCACAUGGAUUUCAGAACUGCGUGUGAGGAGACGAAGACAGGGGUUUGCUUGCUUCAAGAUGGUAAUCAGGAACCCUUUAAAGUCCGACUGCACCUUGCUAGAGACCUGCUGAUGCUACAGGAGCAAGAUGUGCUUUGUGUAUCUGGUGAGCCUUUCUAUUCUGGGGUGGCUGUGAAAUUCCCUGGGAUUCUACUGUUCUACCCAGACUUGGAAAGAACGGUGACGAUCAGAAGGCAGACAGUAGGAGGAUUUGGAUUAAGCAUAAAGGGAGGUGCAGAACAUAGCAUUCCAGUUGUUAUUUCCAAAAUCUCCAAGGAACAAAGAGCGGAGCUGUCAGGACUGCUUUUCAUCGGAGAUGCAAUUCUACAGAUAAAUGGAAUUAAUGUGAGGAAAUGCAGACAUGAAGAAGUGGUUCAGGUUCUUCGGAAUGCUGGGGAGGAAGUGACCCUGACAGUGUCAUUUUUAAAAAGAGCACCUGCUUUCCUCAAACUCCCACUGAAUGAAGACUGCUCAUGUGCUCCAAGUGAUCAAAGCAGUGGUACCUCUUCUCCUCUUUGUGACAGUGGCUUGCACCUCAACUACCAUCCAAACAACACAGAUACGCUUUCCUGCUCAUCGUGGCCCACAUCUCCAGGACUGCGGUGGGAGAAGAGGUGGUGUGACCUCAGGCUUAUUCCGCUACUGCAUGCCCGCUUCUCCCAGUACCUGCCCGGAACUGAUCUGACUCGGCCAAACGCUUUCCAAGUUGUUGCUGUGGAUGGAGUCUGCAGUGGAAUUAUUCAAUGCCUUUCUGCUGAAGACUGUAUGGAUUGGCUCCAAGCAAUAGCAGCUAACAUUUCAAACCUCACAAAGCACAAUAUCAAAAAAAUCAACAGAAAUUUCCCUGUAAACCAGCAGAUAGUCUACAUGGGCUGGUGUGAAGCACGGGAGCAGGAAAUCCUCCAGGACCGUGUGUAUACACCUGUCUUUCUUGCCUUGAGGGGCUCAUGUCUUUACAGGUUCCCAUCACCUCCAGUGACCACCUGGGAUUGGACACGAGCAGAGAAAACUUUCUCCAUAUGUGAGAUCAUGUGCAAGGUUCUCAAGGACAGUGACUUGCUGGAUCAGCGGAAACAUUGCUUUACUAUGCAGUCUGAAUGUGGGGAGGAUCUAUACUUCUCUGUGGAGUUAGAAAGUGACCUUGCCCAAUGGGAACGAGCCUUCCAAACAGCCACCUUCUUAGAAGUGGAGCGGAUACAGUGCAAGACCUAUGCAUGUGUGCUAGAGAGUCACCUAAUGGGUCUCACUAUUGACUUCAGCACAGGCUUCAUCUGCUAUGAUGCAGCAACAAAGGCUGUACUAUGGAGGUAUAAAUUUUCUCAACUUAAAGGCUCCUCAGAUGAUGGCAAAAGCAAAAUCAAAUUUUUGUUUCAGAAUCCAGAUACUAAACAAAUUGAAGCAAAGGAGUUGGAAUUUUCAAAUUUAUUUGCUGUUCUUCACUGUAUUCAUUCAUUUUUUGCUGCCAAAGUAGCUUGUUUGGACCCUCUGUUUUUAAGUAAUAAGGCUGCUGCUUCUGCUGCUGACAGCUCUGCUUCUACAAGCAAAGCAAAGCAUGUGGCUUGACAUGCUGAUUUCUACCUUAGAGUCCUCAGGGUCAUUCCUCACUUCCACCCUGGGGAGACCACACUUUCACCAAGUCAACAGUGAAGUAAGACUGCAACCCCAGCAGAAGAAGGUCAGGAAGUAUCUGCAGCAUAUCUUACCCUGUCAGGCAUCUGCAAACAAUGCUGGAUAGGCAGAGCAGCCUAUUCUUUCUCCUCUGAUCUUUAUCAGGACAUAGAUGACCCUAUGUAUGGUGACAAAUGUUUGGUGUAAAGUAUGUAAAUAACAUGAAAGUUGUAAGCUACCUAUAAAUAAAAAUGCCAGUUAAAUGAU